AUGUACAACCAGAACAGCAUGGGAAAUGGAACUAUCCGAGCCCCACGGAGGGAGGAUAGCUGUCUCUCCUCUAGGAGGAGAGAACAUUCCUCUGGGGCCUUUACUAAACUGCAGGAGACUGUGCUGCUUUUAGAAGAAGAACUGAGACAGAGAUGGAAAGAACUGCAAGAAAAAGAUGACAAAAUCGUGCAGCUCGAAAAGGAACUGGAAACAAAAUCUGUUCAAAUAGACAAACUACAGGAUGCUAUCGGUUACAACAUCCAGCUGUCCCCAAAAGGUAGUCAAAAUAAAAAGCUGCUAAGUGUUAUAAACCAAGGGCCUGCUCAGCAUAAUGAGAAAGCCCCAGAUGCCCAUAGACGUCAAAAAGCCAAGGAAGGAGUCUCAGCAGAGCCAACUUCACGGCAUUAUUACAAUCCGUCUUGCCAGAAGCCAGAUGUUACCUGUGUCCGUAAAGAUUCAAGUGCUAAGAAGCUAAUCACCGGAGCAAUUAUGAGUAAUGACUUCCUACGGCAGCUGGAAGCUUCACAUGUACGUCGAAUGGUGGACUGCAUGUAUGAGAGGGUGUACACUCAAUCACAGCUUGUCAUUCAAGAAGGGGCAGCGGGUAACCAUCUUUAUGUUUUGGCAGAGGGCUUGCUUGACGUUAUUCAAAAUGCUCGGCUGCUCGGGCAAAUGCAUCCUGGAACUGCUUUUGGAGAAUUAGCAAUUCUGUAUAACUGCAAAAGAACAGCAACAGUGAAAGCGGUAACGGAUUCCAAGAUUUGGGUUUUGGAUAGACAGGUUUUCCAGAAUAUUAUGAUGAGUUCAGCACAAGCUCAACAUCAGGAAUACUUUAGCUUUCUUCGCAGCGUUUCACUACUGAAAGAUUUACCCGAAGAGAAGCUGUCGAAGAUUGUAGAUUGCCUGGAAGUUGACUUCUAUGACAAAGGGGAUUAUAUCAUCAGAGAAGGAGAAGAAGGCAACACAUUUUUCAUUAUCGCUAAAGGAAAGGUGUGUGUGACACAGGCUGUGGAAGGGUCUCAGGAACCACACGAAAUAAAAAAACUAGGAGUUGGGGAUUAUUUUGGUGAAAAAGCCCUGAUCAG